UUUACCGUACAUGCACAAAUAAUACCGAGGUGCAGGCAAGUAGGACUUCCAUGAAUUUCGGCCGUCCCAUAUCUCACUAUAGGUGCACCGUCAUUUAAGUUGUGUAAUCAGAUAAUUCCUGUCAAGCUUGCUGUGUUAUCUCCCAGAUUCGUACGCAGGGUUGGCGAUGUGACAUUUGGCGUCAUCACAGUUGUGACAUGAGAGGAGAUGUGUGUGUGUGGUCACAGACUUAAAGCUCUUAACACGGUAGUCCAUUCAGAAAUGACCAGAUCUGGCACGAAUAGUGAGGCUGUUCAUUUGCUGUAGCACCAAAGACAGUUUCUAUUGGUCAGCACAAAUGUAAUUUGGAUGGUGGUCCAGAGGAAAAACCAGAGAGUUCAGACGUUGUAUCAUGAACAAGGAUGAUAAAAAUGAUAUUAUAGAUCUAGCAAUUCAACUGUAGUCCUCACUGCUGUUUCAUCAGUGUAUAAUUUGUCCUAUCACCCAUUACCAUAUGCCAUAUGUCCCAGGCUGACUGGCUCUGUGGGUGUCCUUUGGGUGUUCUGGAGUCCCACUCCAUGCAUGUUAGGGACUCUCCUGCCAUAAGCGAUGGCCUCAAAUUUGGAGCAGGUCCCCUGUCACAGAGAACAACUGCCUACUCCUCUUAACGCUUAAGAAGGGUUAAAUGCAUAAAAUGGAUUCCGGAUAUUCUGCAGCACUUUUGUAGUAGAAUGACAAGUUUAGCAUCACCCAAGGUGGCACAUAAUGACAAGACAAACAUGAUGCUGGUGAAAUUUAAUAGCCACAUGGGUCCAGUGUGGCAGCUCUAUUUCUGAAACCAUUGCAUCAUUCCAAAUUCCCACCGUUGGGUAUUUUAGGAAACAGUGUCAAAGCAGGGAACCGGUUUGAGAUGUCCAGUCCUGGAGAGUCAGACCACUCUCAGGGGGCUACAGCAGCGAGUUCAUGGGUGAAUAAUAGUAGUCAGGGUUUUAAAAUACAGGGGGGGCGGACUGCUGGGAAGUUACUCAAGCGCUGCUUGGCAGGUGUUCCAGAGCAAAGCAUCAACGUACUGUGACGAGCACAGAGCAGACAGGCUGAGAGGAUAAGCCUUUUAAAAGCCAGUGAUUUAUAGCUAAGCUGCUUCAAGAUUCUACCUUAUCCAGGUGUAGAGUGGCCGGGGGGCUCAGCAGGAUGGAAAUAGAUGCCCGUUUUCGCUACUAUUUCCAGCACCCGUGGUCACGUCUCAUCGUGGCGUACCUCGUCACCUUCUUUAACUUUCUCAUCUUCGCAGAGGACCCCGUCUCUCACAGUCAGACGGAGGCGCAUAUGAUUGUUGUGGGCAACUGCUUCUCCUUCCUGUUCAACAAGUACCCGGGCCUCGGAUGGAACAUCCUGAAAGUAAUGUGCUGGAUACUGGCCAUUAUCACUGGCCUGUUAGCUGGGAAGUUUAUAUUCCACCGCCAGCUCUUUGGUCGAUACCUGCGCCUGAAAAUGUUCCGCGAGGAUCAUGGCUCCUGGAUGACCAUGUUCUUCAGCACCAUCCUCUUCCUCUUCAUCUUCUCACACAUCUACAACCUUUUCCUGCUGAUGGCUGGGAGCAUGGAACCUCACAUGGUGACAGAAUACAUGGGCAUCAGGAAUGAGAGCUUUAUGAAGAUUGCUGCAGUGGGGACGUGGAUGGGAGACUUUGUCACUGCUUGGAUGGUGACAGAUAUGAUGCUUCAGGAUCAGCACUACCCAGCUUGGGGCAAAGCUGCCAGAAGAUUCUGGAAACAAGGCAACAACAGGAUUGUUCUCUUCUGGACAGUGCUCAUCUCUCUGACGUCAGUAGUGGUUCUGGUCAUCAGCACUGACUGGAUCAGCUGGGACAACCUGAACCGAGGUUUCCUGCCCAGCGAUGAGGUCUCCAGAGCCUUCCUGGCCUCCUUCAUCUUGGUCUUCGACCUUCUCAUUGUCAUGCAGGACUGGGAAUUCCCUCACUUCAUGGGGGACCUGGAUAUGAAUCUACCAGGAAUGUCGACCACGCAUGUGAAGGUCAAGCUUCCUGUCUGCAAGCGUAUCUUUAAAGAGGAGUACCACAUUCAUAUCACAGGUAAGUGGUUCAACUACGGUAUCAUCUUCCUUGUGCUGAUUUUGGACCUCAACAUGUGGAAGAACCAGAUCUUCUACAAGCCCUACGAAUAUGGUCAGUAUGUUGGUCCUGGUGAGAAGAUCUACACAGUGGAGGAGCCAGACACACUCAGGAACUUCAACCACAGCACGCUCACCUACGAGUGGCGCUCCACCAACAUCGAUCCCAGCACCAACUCGACCUACGUGGAGCAGGACAUGUUCCUCCACAGCCGCUACAUCGGAGCCAGCCUGGAUGUCAAGUGCCUGGCCUUCAUUCCGAGCCUAGCGGCGUUUGUCCUCUUCGGGUUCUUCAUCUGGUUGUUCGGGCGAUUUCAGGAUAGCGAGACCUUCACGGAAAAUCAAGACAAGACCUAUGAGCGGAUAAAGAGAAAGUCGCCGUCGGAGUACAGCAAGGAAAUGGGCGUGACACCGGAGGAGAUGCACGUGACCAUGAGUGAUAGUCUGAAACGAUCGGGAAUGCCCAUGCUACUUUCGGUAGAUGGGCCACACUUUGGAGCGACACCCUCUACUAACUCUACUAUUUCCACGGAAACCCAAGAGACACAUCCGAGCAUUGUGAUUGACAAUGCAGCGCAGGAGGAACCAGCAGUCUCUUUUGAUGUCCACAAACUAUCUCCGUGACCUUAUAAACUUUGAACUAUACAACUGCAGACAGGAUGGAUAUGAGAGCCUUGGAGGGCUCAAGAUGUAGUUUGUGAUGAUCUUGAAUUGUUGCUUUUAAUCUAUAAGAUCAGGCAGUAACACAAGAAGGAUGUUUAACACAGGUGACCAUGGGAUUCAAGAGAAAGACAAACUGAUGGUGCAAGAUUUACAAGCUAAUCCUGAUGGCUACUGCAGUUGUAUUGCUUAGAAUAUGUAUUUUUCUAAAACAGUCUUUUUAAAAGCCUCUAAAAUGGCAGCAAUUCUGAUAACAAGCAGAUCUUUUAAAACUGAAUGCAAACUUUUAAUUGACAUGGUGCUCGCUUGGAUUUUGCAUUUUCAUAAUUCAAUUUUGUCAACUAUUUUGGUGCCUAUAUCAGAGGAGUAUUUCUACAGUCAUGAUAGCGCAGUCAGGUGGAUUUUAAUGUAUCACACAGCUACAGUAGUGCCUUGAUAUUUCAUAUGUUGAGAUACAGACAGAAAUCUGACAGUCUAUACAACUAUAGGCAACAAAAUGGAAGAUGUCCUAGUUAUGGUCUGCUAUAUUAAUGUCUUAUAUAUGCUUUCAUAUCAUAUGGACAGCUGUUACCUCGUUUGACUUCACCAUUUUAAUUUAUUCUCUUGCAGCAUCUCGCUUACUCAAUUUCAAAUGUAUCACUCUUGUUUAAAUGACAUGAUUGUGAACAUCAAUGUACACUGAUGACCUAUUCAUAUCCCCUCACUUAAUAUUAGGUGGAGAGCUAAUAAAUGCAAUCAGCAGAGAUCAAAUAGCAAACCAGCAAGCAACCUCAUGAUUGCUUAUGUGGCUGCUGCAUCUGGACUGAAUACCAACUGAGUCAGAAAGGUGGUUUUGCCCUCGGCAUAAACAUACCAUUGAAGUGCAAGGGAGGCUUCUGCUCCAAAGCUCAGGGCUUCUUUAUGUCUAGAUAAACCUUACAAGUUUUAGAGGCAGUUUUUCAGUCAUGGUAAAUGCAUGGAAAAUUGUUUUAUUUAUUUGAAACAUGAUCCUACUGUACAAAAUCCCAGAUUUCAAACUGAAAACUGCAGCAUUAAUCUUUACAUUGGCUUUGACAGUGUUCGCUGCACACACUUGGCAUAUUUUCUUGUGCUACACAGGUUAUUUUAAAGAUGUAUAAUUUGGGUUUUUGUUCCAAAAAAAGUGUGCCCUUUUAGUUGUUUUCUGUAAGGUGCAAAUACUAACUAAAUCAUUACUAUAUUACUAAAUGUAUUUUUCAAUUUCAGUUUGUCACAUUUCAACUCAGAUCUAAAGGAUCACUUUGCAUAGUUUUGUGACCAAAAAUACCAAAUAAUACUAUAAAUAAAAGAAUACAAAUAAUAAAAUAAUACAAAUAAUACUUUGAACAAAUGUCAUUGCAUAAGAAAAUAUACUAUUUAAAGUGGAUAUAUUAAUCAUAGACAGAGUGCAAUGUUAUCUUUCUGUUUCAUUAUAAUAUACUGUAAUGUACUAGAAUAACCCUGAAUAUUAUUUCUCUAAAAAGAGGGAAAAAUGACAAAUAACCGCAUCCUCAGCUGCAGCCCAUUCCUGACAAUGUUUUUUAAACUAAAGAUCCAGUGGUCACCAAACAUUACAGGAAUAUUGAGUCUGGAAUGUGCCACUGGGUUAAUUAUAGACUUUUACAGUGUUUAAAUUAUGAUAAAUUCGAAUCAAUUAAUUUGACACAUUUCAAAAAGCCAUUUCAAAUUAAUUACAUUUACACUUAAAGUAGGGCACUUAUGAACUCAAACUAUCACAGAAUUUGCCAAUUAAUCAUUUUAUUUCCCUAUUCUGUAUUUCAAUUAUGGAUUAAUAAUUGAAUUUCAAAAUGUAAUACAAAAUUCAUUUAAAAAAAAAAAGGUUUUUAAAUUUUGACAUUUUUAUGUUCCAUUUACUUAUGUGUCUGCCUAUCAUAUUCCAUCUCACGAUAUAUUUGUCUGUUGGUUAAACAUUUAAAAUUUCCAUUUCACAAUUGCUUUAAUUUAAAGACGUCUCUUACAUUUUAAUAUGUGUAAACAAUGUGUCACCUAAAAGUUAAAUCCAGAGUCCAAUCAGCAGAGCUCUGUCUAAAGGAGAUAAAAUUAAUUGUGAGUUGGAAUAAAUCAGGCAGACACAUUGGUACAUAGAAUAACAAAACAUACACUUUCAAAAGCAUUUUUAUUAGUAAUUUUGCAAUUCCAUUUAAAUUGUCACUGUUAACAGCAUAAUAGCAUUAAUAAUUGGCACAUUUAAUAAUAUACUUUAUUUGAUUGUUAGUUUAUCAAUACACCAUUUAAACAUACAUUUUAUGAAGUAAUUUAUACAUAUUAAAUUUAUCAUUUACAUUUAAUUGAUUAUAAUGAAACACUGUAAAACUAUAUAAUUAUUUUGGUGGCACACACCAGACUCUAUACAUGAUUCCUUGUGUGUGCAUGUUAGUGUGUAUGUCUGUGUGUGUGUAUGUAUGUGUGUGUGUGUGUGUGUGUGUGUGUGUGUGUGUGUGUGUGUGUGUGGCUGUGUGUGUCCAAUUGUGUCUGUAAAGGAUGUUUUAUACUUAAUAGUGCAUGUUUGUGUGUGAGUGUGAGUGUGUGUGUGUGUGUGUGUGUGUGUGUGUGUGUGUGUGUGUGUGUAUGUGUGCACUGGAAGCUUGUGAAGUGCGUAGGUGUUUGCUACUACACUUGUUUUUGACAAAGGCCAUUCUGUGAAGAGGUCAAUUUAUUUAGCAUAAUUGGUUUGCAGCUCUUGGUUCUGUAAUUAUCCUUUUAUACAUUACUGCUCUAUGAAGACAUUAGAUAUUAGUGUUUCACCAAAGGGCAGAACCUCUUUAGUCUUGAAGAGGUUCUGAUAUAUUUCUAAUGUAUUGUGCUUAGGUUAAAAGUGAGGGAUUCCUGUAUGUUGUUGAUACUGUUUUUCAUUUUGUUUUGUUGCAAAACUGACACUUUGCAUAAAUUCCUGCGUGUUUGUGCAUUUUUAAAUUGGAGGAAAACUCCUUUCAGUGUUUGCUCAGUGUACUGUAUGUCUGUUGAACCUUGUAUUACCAAUAAAUUAAUACAUGUUU